AUGAGCAAAUGGGACGCAGACCGGCCUUACCUCUCUCCAGAACCCUCCACCUGGGGCGGCCAACGGGUUGGAGGGGGCUACACGAACCUCCAUGCCCAUGACCCGCGGACGUCGUCUGCCCAAUCCCUAGCACCGUCCAUCCCGGACACGGGCGAGCAGCCCACCCGCACGCUGCUCAUUAUCUACAUCCACGGCUUCAUGGGGAAUGACUCUUCUUUCCAGUCCUUCCCGGCCCAUGUGCACAAAUAUCUCAAGAACCACAUGCCCCGCACCCACACCAUCCAUUCCAAGAUAUAUCCAAAGUACAAGACCUACAAAGCCAUCGAGGUCGCGCGAGACAACUUCGGCCGCUGGCUGAACCCGCACGAGUCCGACACCACAGAUGUUAUCCUCGUCGGCCAUUCCAUGGGCGGGCUUCUCUCUGCGGAUGUGGUCUUGAAGCCUUCGACUACCGGCAGGGCUACCUUUUUCCAACACAGAAUCCUUGGGACUGUGAACCUGGAUGCACCUCUGCUUGGACUCCACCCGGGCAUCGUCGUCUCUGGCAUAUCCAGCCUCUUCCGGAAGAAACCAGAUCCGCCAAAGUCGUUCGACGAGCAGGACGGCGGCUCGAGUGGGACCCCUUCCAGAGCGGGCUCGCAGGAGCCCUACCAAUUCUCAGAUGCCGGAUCGGUGUCAUCCGCAUCGCAGCCUCCGACGCCUUCGCCGCAGACAGCUGGUGGCUUGCUGUCGAGAAUGACGUUUGACCCGAACUUCAACCCCAAUUAUCCCAACGAUGUGCGCAUCAUGGACCGCGGCUGGUGGAAGAACGUCGUCCAUUUCGUCAAGAAGCACAACUCGGAAGGUUUGGUGGACGCAGCAACUCACCACAUCAUGUCCCACCUAGAAUUUGGCAGUUGCUUGGCUGAUUUCAAUGGCCUGAAGCUGCGGUAUGAAACUCUCAGGAGGCUUGAGGACGUGGACGAUAUCAAACACCACGGGUUCCCACACGUCCCCCCGAGAGUUCGGUUCGUCCAGUACUACACAGUCUGUCACGGAUAUCCGAAACAGCCCAAGACGCCGAAGAGCCCAGAUCCUGAAAACUCAGAGAAUUCAUGGCUGGACAAGCAAGAUGGCUCCGUGCAACCGCAGAGGCUGUCGGAUAUACAUAAGGAGGAACCCACUGCUCUGAUUCACCCGGAGGAAGAUGUCCCAGAUGACAGGUCUAUUACCAGCCUCGAAAUCCUGGAUCCUGAUCCUAUAGCAGAGGAAGCAUAUGACGGCGAGCAGGAAGACGUGAAAGCGGAAAAGGCAGAGACGGACGGGGCGGGGCCAGCGGCGGCAGAACCUGACGAGGCAAAGAUAGAAGUAGCAAAGACAGAGGAGACAAAGCCAGAGGGGGCCAACGCGGAAGAGGUCAAGACGGAACAGGAGGGCGUCGACGACGAAGACGAAGAGAUGCCAGAAAUCGCAAGGGCAAUGGCAAAGUUCAAGUCCGAGCUGCCCAAGUUGGAAAGCCCGGGGCCUGCGCCCGAGUCGCCAGAUCUUAGCAAGUUUACCGACAAGGAAGUGCGGCAGCAGGUCGAGAAAGAGGCCAAGAAGCGGAGGAAGGCCCACGAGAAGGCGGUUAAGAACUACGAGAAGGACCUCAAGGACCGCAAGAAGCUCAUCGCGAAGCACAGGAAGAAGCUGGCAAAGGAGUUGGAGCCCACGCAGAAGCAACGAGGCGUCUUGGACGCUGCUGCGCGUACCGCCCUGGAUGAUGCGAUACACGACCAGGAGUCGAUCGCCGACGCCGCCGCGGCCGCCGCGCCCCCCAGGCCUCCGCCGAGGCCCCCUGCACAAGGGGAAACCUCUACCGCAGCAUCCCUCGUUGAGGGUGCCCCUGCCGACGACAAGGGGCCGCUGGACGCCAAACCGGGCUCCUCGCUUGCCCCAGCCAUCUCGGUGGCGAGCUCAUCAGACCCGGCCGAGCCCCCACGGGGUAGCAGCUCGAGCAAGGACAAACAGAAGCAUAUACAGAGGCAGGAGAAGCCCGAGAAGCCCAAGAAGGACCGCAAGUUCUGCAACCUACCCUCCAAGAUCAACGGCCAGCGCGACCCCAAGUGGAUCAAGAUCUUUAUGAAGGACGCCGACGAGGUCGCCGCCCACACGGGGCUCUUCUUCCCCGGCCCGCACUACGAGCGCCUGGUGGGCGACGUCGGCGACAUGAUCGUCCAGUGGGUGCAGGACGACGCGACGAAGCGGGCCAUAGUGGACGCCGCGGCGGAGGCGGGAUGA